AUGUGGGAUAUUGAAACGGAAGUGAAACAGGGAGAAGUGUGGGCUAUCGCCGGAGAUUGGAAUGACAUUUGUAGUAAUGAGGAAAAGAGAGGCGGCAGGCAAAGGUCGGCUAGUUCAUUUAGUGAAUUUAAUGCUUUUAUUGCCCAUAUGGGAAUGCAAGAGCUUCAUCAGUGUGGUUCGUUUUUCACCUGGGGAAAUAACAGAGAUGGGGAACGCUAUAUCGAAGAAAGGUUGGACAAGAUUUUCGUAUCACUAGGAUGGAUGCAACAACUUCCAGGGACCAGGGCAUCAAAUUUGUUUCGUAGCUCCUCGGAUCAUAAUGUGUUGUUUAUGGAGACCUCUGAACAGAGCACCGAGCAGAAGGGUAGAUUUAUAUUCAACAGUGAGUGGACAAUAAAAGAUGGUGUAAGUGAGGCUGUUCUUACAGGGUGGCAAUCCCAGUGUGAAGGGACACCGAUGUUCAGGGUCAAGGAAAAAAUAAAGUACACAAGAAUGGCGCUACUUAAUUGGCAGAAACCGCCAAGAAUCAGAAUCUCAGGUUUAGAAGUCAAUCUCAAGGUGAAAGACUUGUUGAGCAAUGGAGGUACAACCUGGGAUCAGACGCUCGUCAAAGCUUUGUUUGAGGAAGAAGAUGCGGCCAAGAUCAUGCUAAUCGACACUCUCAACCCGGCUCUGCCAGACCGCAUCUCUUGCAAAUUUGCUGUGAAAGGUCUGUAA